CGAGAUUUACCUACCAGUCCUAUUUGUUUACUUAUUCUGUACAGUUAAUCUCCUUUCGCUGUCAAAGUGGUAACUUACUGGACUCUAAUGGCUAAAGUAGAGCUGGCACCGCUUAGAUCGUGGGAUGAUUUCUUUCCCGGUUCGGAACGGUUCGGCGCACCGGAUGUUACAAAUAUGACGAGAUGGAACAACCGAGUUGUCAGCAACUUGCUUUAUUACCAGACGAAUUACCUGGUUCUUUCUAUUGCUGUUUUCCUCAUCGUGGGGUUUCUCAACCCUGUGGGGAUGGUCACAGCCUUGGUCGUGGUGUCGAUCGUCUUCCUGGGUUUGGUUUGGGCUGGAGAGAACCAAGCCAUCAUCAAGAGCUUCAAAAGGCAGAGCCCCACAGUGUUUGUGAUGGUCGUCAUGGCGGCCAGCUACAUGCUGACUUCUCUGCUGGGAAGCGUCAUGACGUUUAUGACAGCAGUCACUCUACCUCUGAUUUUGAUAAUGGCACACGCUUCGUUUCGCCUACGGAACAUGAAGAACAAGCUCCAGACCAAGCUGGAAUGUUCAGGGCUGAAGAGAACUCCGAUGGGCAUCCUACUCGAGUGUCUGGAACAGCAGGAAGAAAACAUACAAAAGAUUCAGACUUUUUUAGAGGGAAAAGUGAAGGAGUAAAACCUUAUCUUCUCUAAAAUGCUACAACUCCAAUGUUCUCUGUUGUCUUUUAUGUUGUGCGAAAGGAAAGCCUGCAAACCAGCAAUGUUAUCUCCUCCUCAGGGUAUCUUGUGUCACUCUGCACAGAACUUGUCAGGGCGCUCCCCCUGCAGUGAUCAGGGCACCUCACUACUGCCUCACAUCUCAUCUGUGCAGCUAUGCAUGUUGUGUCCCAGACAGCAGCAAGCUUCUCGAAAUCUGCGUUUAAUCAGAAACUCCUCCGUUUGCACUUGAGUGAAAUUGUGAAAGCAGCACAAGUGUUGCCUUUUAACAGAGGCCGAAAAGUGCACACUCAACAUGCAUUGCUGCCAAGACCAGCGCGUUUUCAAGUUCAUGCAGGAAAUCUCUUCACAUUCAGAGUAACUGUUUACUUCAGCCCAGAGUUGAAUUGAAACCUUCUGCUCAUGUAAAUAAAGAGAAUCAUGCAAAAGAGCAAGCCCUGCUUUGACUCCAGUCUGAUUACUUUGUCAAUAUUUGAAAGGAAACUUGAAAGGAAAGCCAUGCCUAUCAGGAAUUCUUCUGACCAUGCCUGAGUGUUUAAUCUUGACGGUACCUCCUGGCUGAUGGAUGGGCUCUCUUUGCUUUCCCUUCCACUUAUCCAGCAGGCUGAUCAAUGGUGGUGGAGUGGAUUUGUCUGCAGUCAAUAAGGCCUUGAAUUUGGAUCAGAUAAUCCAAUGCUGCUUCAUUUUAAACCAUCUCACACUAACUCAAACAUACAAAAAGAACAUUUCUUUCAGAUUAGAAUAUUUAUUUAAAAGUGGUGAAUGUUUGUUGAGCCAAAAGAUCUGUACGACAGUGUCGCUCACAAACCGGACUUUCCUGCUCUGCAUGGAGCAGUGCCUUUCAGGGAUUGGAGUGAAAUACUACUCCUUUUUCUCCAGCUUUACGAAGCUCUGCUGUUCUAAAAUAACCUGAAUGUAGCUCCUGUUCAUAUUUGGGAAAAUGGUUCAACUUUUAGCAAAUAAAUUCAUCUGCCAGCAAUAAG